CGAGCGGCGAAACGCCGUAAAAAAUGCGCGCGACGCGCUGCACCUGACCUGAGCAUGAGCCUGACCCUGACGGCCUGACCUGCUCCCUCCCACCGACUCGCGCCCGUGCGCCCGCCUUAAGACCGGGCGUGCCCCCGCGCGCGGCUACGACGGACGGGCAAACUCGCGCUUCUCGCACGGUGUGAGUGCGUGCUGCGGCAGAUGCAGGAGGCGGGGCGCAGGGCGGUGCCGCAGUUCGCCGGCGUCGACCUCCGUCGGCCGAAGGGGUACCCGGCGGUGGUGGCGGUGGCGGUGGUGCCGCCGCCGGCUAAGGCGGAGGUGGCGGCCGGCGGCGGCGGCGGCGACCCGUGCCCGCGGUGCGAGUCGCGGGACACCAAGUUCUGCUACUACAACAACUACAACACGUCGCAGCCGCGGCACUUCUGCAAGUCGUGCCGGCGCUACUGGACCAAGGGAGGCUCCCUCCGCAACGUCCCCGUCGGCGGCGGCUCCCGCAAGAGCUCCUCCUCCUCCUCCUCGCCGGCGUCGCCGCCAGCCAAGAGCCCCAAGCGCUCCAAGAACUCCAAGCGCCGACGCGUCUCCCCGCCCCCGCCGGAGCCCACGCCGACGCCGCACACCACCACCGACACCACCACUACUACUACUACCGCUGCCGACGUAGCCGCACCGACGGGACCGCAAGCCUCAGCCAAGGAAGCCCCGGAACACCUCGCCGUGGCACCGACCCAGCCGGCGGAAGGUGGUGGUGGCUUCACUGACCCGUCGGUGGCGCUCGGGCUCGGCCUCGCCGACGCCGGCGGCGGGAAGGAGCUUCUGGACUCGAGCCCGUUCGAGUGGCCGUCGGGCUGCGACCUCGGGCCAUACUGGCCUACCGGCGUGUUCGCCGACACCGACCCGUCGCUCUUCCUUAACAUGCCAUGAGGAAGCCUCCCGGACAAGAGGAUGGUCAGCAAAAAUCUUCAAGCUUUAUUGAUCAAGUUCUUGAUUUCAGCUCUGUUUCCAGCUUCUGAUUUUAGUUUUCCCGGCUUAUAAUUAAUAUAAUCCAAAUGCUAACUUAGGAAGAGGAAGAUGAACUGCGUAUGUAAAUCUGUGCGUGCGUUCUUGGCUUUGUAUUUCCCGAAUGAAAACCACAACAAGAUUUGCUCAAGUUGCAAGGACAAUCAACCGCUGUUCUUCCUCUUUGCAAUCA